UUUGAUGUUAAGUGAUGGCAGGAAAGUGCUGGAUAAAUGAGUGGUGCAAUUGAUCUCAGCUUGAACCCAAUUGGUGAAAGUCAAAUUACCCCGCAAUUGAAACAACAAUGACAAUCGUUAUGCGUGAUUCACGGCUUGCGUCGAUGAUGCGACUAUUUAUAGCGAUGCACUGCAAUCUUCUCACGUACUGUACCGAAGCGCUUCACUUAUUCCAACUUAGAAAAAAAAUCUUUGUUGAUUCAUUAGAGAAAAAUAAGGAUGGAAAACGAAACCGCCGAUGAAAUACAGAAAACUGCAGCUAACUUAUACUGUUUCCUUGACGAAGCUCUUGUUAAGGAAGUGAAGCAGUUUUUGAUACUUUUGGCAGCUUUUAACAUUAUUCUGUCAUUAGUCGCAUUUCUGGGAAACACUCUGAUCCUCGAUGCUCUUCGCAAGGAGUCUUCCAUCCGUCCACCUUCAAAGCUCUUUUUUCGCUGUCUUGCAGCAACUGAUAUUUGCGUUGGAACUUUGAUCGGGCCGCUCAGUGUUUACUAUUGGAUAUCCACCGCAAACAAGCGAUUGAGUAACUGUCAAGCUGUUGUCUCCGUCCUAUUCCUGACGGCAAACAUCUUGACCUUAGUCUCUCUGUUGACGGUGACUGCGAUAAGCGUGGACAGACUGCUCGGCCUGUCACUGGGGCAGAAAUUCAAACAUGUUGUUACCUUGAAGCGAACGUACGUGGUUGUAACUGCCUUUUGGAUCAUGUCGAUUGGCAUUGCGAUACUGCCCCUGUAUAAUUUCCUCGUGUAUUCCUGGUGCGUUUACACGAUCGUAACAUUAUGUUUAGCAACCGCGAUAUUUACUUACACCAAGAUAUUUUGCACGCUCCGUCACAAUCACAAUCGAGCAAUCUGCGUUCUUCGUCAUAUGACUCCGCUAACUUUGGCGCGAUACAAGAAGGCAGUAUCCAGCUCCCUUUGGGUGCAAGCGACGAUGGUCGUUUGUUUUCUACCCCAUGUUAUAGUAGGUAUACUCGGACAAGUUUUGCAGGAUCGGAGUAAACAUGCAAACUCUUUUCUUUUUAUUACAAAGGCGUGUACAGUGACUUUAGUUUACAUAAACUCCUCUUUAAACCCGAUUCUUUACUGUUGGAGGAUCAAAUCAAUCAGAAAUGCAGUGAAAGCCAGAAUGAAACAAAUUUUUUGCUGUUAG